UUGCUUGGGGACAUCUGUUUGGGAAUACCCACUGGGGCUGGGUGCUUGUCGCCCUCCUCCAGGUGGCUUUGGGGCGGUCCCGGUUCUGUAGCGCUAAGCCCCUCCCGACCCCAUACUUACGACUGCUCCCUUUCCCCUGCCGAAAUGGAGGGCGCUGCUCUUUGCUCCCACCGACCCGAUUGAGCCAAGGCACCGCUCCUCCUUUAUUCAGUCUUACCAACUGGCUUGACCGCAGGCCCCUGUGUCCCAGGGAGGGGACUUCCUAGGUCCGCCAGCUCCUGGUCCUGGUGGGUAUUUUGGGAAAUUGGGGAAGAGGGCGGCAAGGUAGUUUGGCGCUUUGUCGAGUUUGUUUUCCCUCCUUGAGUUUGUUUAGCACAGUCAGGCCCUUCGCCCUGAGCCCGGGAGACACCCGUGGAUUUCCAAGGAGCCCAGCUAGGUGUUGGGGAGGGUGGCGGCCGCCGGGGUGUGGCUGCUCUGGGAGUGAGGCCCUCCUUGCCUGAAGGGGCUGGAGGGCAGGUCUAGAGAAAUGGGGAAAGUCUCCCAGGCCUAACUGGAAAGGAGGCCUGAGGUGCCACUCUUUACUGGGAGCCUGCUUCGUGGUAAAGGGGUCAUCCGUCCCAGCAUGCUCUUUUGGUGGAUGUCAAGAGUGGAAGCCAGCGAAGGGAGAGGGUGAAGGCUGGUGCUGACCCAGGAGAGUAGUUUAGGGUUAGAUACGGGUUUGAUGCGUGGUGGCAACACCCAGUACCCCGAAACUGCCCUUCGCCACCCCCCAACUUCCAUCCAGCAGGGAGGAAGGGCGUGGGAAUUACGGCUAGAGGCCCAGAGUUUACCCUAAGUGGGGCUAAACUCUGAGGAACUUAAGUGAUGGCAUUUCACUUUCCUUCAGGAGGAAGGGAAAAAUACGGGACCGCUACUAAGACCUGUCUGCAAGAAAUGGCGAGUGUGUUUGAGUCAGGGCAAAAAAUCAUUGCCAGCCAAACCUCACUUUGGGGUAGCAGUGCCCCAGGAAACUGGUCUGGGAGGGGCCUGCAGAGGUGGCAGUGGGGUGUUUAUGGAGGAACUGCGCCCUGGAAUGGCAGUGUGAGAGACGACAGUUAGUGCCCAGAGGAGGUGGAAAGUGUCUCUGCUCUAUGCUCAGUGUGGGGGGAGUAGCUGGGUUGGCAUCGUUGUCAAAGGAUGAUUAAAUGCAUAUUAGAAACAUAGGCUUUGAGUUUGGUUGUGAUGGCAGCUGGAGAUGCAAGGCUGAGUUCAACUAGGCUAAGGUGGUUCUGCAGGUGUUUGUGUUUGAGUGGAGAGAAUGUUUAGAAGGAGAACUCUGAUUUAGGUGUGUUUGAGAUAGGGUAUAAUGCAGCCUUCACCCCAAUCACUUUAUUGGUCCUCCCUGCUGUUGGGAUCUUUGUUGAUGUUUUUGGUUUACUUUCUGAGUGUGUGGAAGGAUGGUAGGAGGGACAUGCAAGGCAGGGUGCGGGGGCAGGAUUUAGUAGAGCACAUUCUGACUCAGGAGUGUUGGGUUUGGACCCAGAUAAAGUGCCUACCUUUUCUGUGCCUCACUUAACCCAGCUGUACAAUGAGGAUAAUAAUACCACUUCCAGGUUCAUAGUGAUGAAAUCAGACACAGUAAGUAAAAGUGCCCGUAAGAACUGUGAAGCCUCUGCAGGGAGGAAAGAUUGUUGUUACUAUCCUUCGUAAGAAAUGUCUUAUCCUGUGGUUAAUAAAGUACUACUUGUAGGAUUUUUAAAAUUAUAAAUUGAAAUAUAUCAUUGUAGAAAAAUGUGAGUCAUAUAUAAAAGUAUACAGGAGAAAAUAAAAAGCACCUAUAAUCCCAUUACUAGGUAACGAUUACAAAUAUCUUAUUGCAUUGGUGUCUUUCUUUCCCUUUUUUAGUUCUGUAUGUGUACAUGUAUGCAAGUAUGUUGUAAAAUGAGGACACUGCUAUAUACUCAAUGUUGUAUGCUGCAUUCUCCCCCAACUUCAUAUUUUAAACAUUUCCCCAACUCCAGCAAAAAUUCUUCAGCCUCUCGUUAAUGGCUGCUUGAUACUGCAGCCUGUGGAUGUGACGUAAUGAACCAUUCCCCUCUCAGUCAUUUUGGUGGCUUUCAAUUUUUCCCUCUGCCUGUUUUUAGAGUCGUGGUUACUGGGCGGUGGAAGGGACAGGUUGGCUGACUUUCUGAAGGUGGAGAGGGUUUGCCGUGAGGGAGGAAGGGCACUGAGUGGGGCUCCUUCUAUGGGGUUGAGGUGGGGCUACUCAGGUGUAGUCCCAUCUUGGGAGAACACUGAGAACUCAGGGCUCUAGAUCUUUAUCACCGAUCUCUAUGGGUGGCUGCUUCUCCUUCCCAUCACCAGAUGCAGCUCCUGGUCUUGGCCUGGUUGCCUUAAUUUUUUUCUUGAUGGGCUGUGGAUCAGCUACAAUAAGCCCUUUUCUUCAAGUCUGCAAUCAGUCAAGAGGUGCAGGCCCACGCACAGGACUUAUCAACAAUGCAAUAGACAUUCUCAAAAGCGCCUUACUAGGUUGACCAGUUUGCUGCCUAUUUCCCUAUUCUCCUUUUCCUUCCCUUGCCCUGUCAUCCUUCUGGUAGGGCUAGGACUGGGGAAAGGGUAGAACUUGCCCUUGAGGGAAUAUGCGUUCCCUCCUUAAAGGGUGUAAAUGUACUCCAUGCUUUGAUGGCUUCCCAUGCUGCCCUCCAAAAUGCCCGAGCCAAAGGCCAAGAACAUGGGGGCACUUGAGCACUGCGUGCCAACCUCACCUGCCCAGUGCGAGCUGCGCUCCCAGGGGGAAGGUUUCAGUUGCAGGACUUGGUAAUUGGGUCAGAAAGCUCAGGCGAGAGCAGGUCUUGCCUUGCUCUUAAAGUGCCAGAGGCUGAGUUGGGUUUGCUGGGAGUCUGGCUAGGGAGAGAAGUGGUGUCAGGGGCCACCACCCCCCCACCCCCACUGCAGCUCAGCUCUUCUAAAUGGAAGCCUUCAGCUGACUCAGUGGCUUUGGCUUUAGAACCGUGAUCCAGGUAGGGAACUUUCUGAGUGUGAAAGUGACUUAUUUAUUUUCCUUCCUCCCUCCUCAGGCCAUUGUGGGGCUUGAGCAGUUCCAAUGUGGAUUUCCUCAGGGAGGAACAUCUGGUAAAAACAUCGAGCUUCAGGGUUUAGUAACUAACACGGUGCUUGGCACACGGUGGCUGAUGAACAAAUAUUUGUUGAGUGAGUGUCAUUUUUUCCAGGCGUCCCUUUCUAGUCUUAAGUAAAAACAAAAUAAGAACACCAAAAAAUCCAAACUCAGUGUCUCAGGCAAAACAAUUCCCCAGUGACUGGUUUUUCCUCCAGGCACCCAGUCUGGGCAGGUCUUUGUUUUCUGCCGUGAGUGCUGGCUGUCGAAUGUUAUCUGCUAUGCCCAUGUAUUUUUAUGAGAAUCAAUUGCAGACUUUACCCAGGCUGGCUCCUGCAACCAAUCGGUGCACUGCAUUCUCCGUGGGGAGAUAAACAGACCCAGAUUCUUUGGGUGGCCGACAGAAAGGGAAGCUGACUCGAGACCCGGCUCCUCAGAUCUCCGUGGACACACUGCCUGCUCUUCCCUAUCAUGGCCCUGCACCCCCGCAGAGUCCGGCUGAAGCCCUGGCUGGUGGCCCAGGUGGAUAGUGGCUUGUACCCUGGGCUCAUCUGGCUACACAGGGACUCCAAACGCUUCCAGAUUCCCUGGAAACAUGCCACCCGGCAUAGCCCCCAACAAGAGGAGGAAAAUACCAUUUUUAAGGCCUGGGCUGUAGAGACGGGGAAGUACCAGGAAGGGGUAGAUGACCCUGAUCCAGCUAAAUGGAAGGCCCAGCUCCGCUGUGCUCUCAACAAGAGCAGAGAAUUCAACCUGAUGUAUGAUGGCACUAAGGAGGUGCCCAUGAACCCAGUGAAGAUAUAUCAAGUCUGUGACAUCCCCCAGCCCCAGGGCUCAAUCAUUAACCCAGGAUCCACGGGGUCUGCUCCCUGGGAUGAGAAGGAUAAUGAUGUGGAUGAAGAUGAUGAGGAAGAUGAGCUGGACCAGUCGCAGCACCAUGUUCCCAUCCAGGACACCUUCCCCUUCCUGAACAUUAAUGGUUCUCCCAUGGCGCCAGCCAGUGUGGGAAACUGCGGUGUGGGUAACUGCAGCCCUGAAGCAGUGUGGCCCAAAACUGAACCUCUGGAGAUGGAAGUGCCCCAGGCACCUAUACAGCCCUUCUUCAGCUCUCCAGAGCUGUGGAUCAGCUCUCUCCCAAUGACUGACCUGGACAUCAAGUUUCACUACCGUGGGAAGGAGUAUGGGCAGACCAUGACCGUGAGCAACCCCCAGGGCUGCCGGCUCUUCUAUGGGGAUCUGGGUCCCAUGCCUGACCAGGAAGAGCUCUUCGGUCCCGUCAGCCUGGAGCAAGUCAAAUUCCCGGGUCCGGAGCAUAUCACCAAUGAAAAACAGAAGCUGUUCACCAGCAAGCUGCUUGAUGUCAUGGACAGGGGACUGAUCCUGGAGGUCAGCGGUCACGCCAUUUAUGCCAUCAGGCUGUGCCAGUGCAAGGUGUACUGGUCUGGGCCAUGUGCCCCAUCGCUUGUUGCCCCCAACCUGAUUGAGAGACAAAAGAAGGUCAAGCUGUUUUGUCUGGAAACAUUCCUUAGUGAGCUCAUUGCUCACCAGAAAGGACAGAUAGAGAAGCAGCCACCAUUUGAGAUCUACUUGUGCUUUGGGGAAGAAUGGCCAGAUGGGAAACCCUUGGAAAGGAAACUCAUCUUGGUUCAGGUCAUUCCGGUGGUGGCUCGGAUGAUCUACGAGAUGUUUUCUGGUGAUUUCACACGAUCCUUUGACAGUGGCAGUGUUCGCCUGCAGAUCUCCACUCCAGACAUAAAAGAUAACAUUGUUGCUCAGCUGAAGCAGCUGUACCGCAUCCUUCAAACCCAGGAAAGCUGGCAGCCCAUGCAGCCUGCCCCCAGCAUGCAGCUGCCCCCUGCGCUGCCAGCCCAGUAAUCAGGAAUGCCAUCCGCUUCCUUUUCCUUUUUACACUGUUGUACAUAUGGAUAUUUUUUAUUAUUCACAUUUAAUCAGCUUUUGAAUCUCUUUUUUCUCUAACAAUGUUAUCAGUCUGUGAUUCUCCAAAUACUCCUAGAUUUAAUGUUGAUUUAAUUUAUGGAAAAAUCACCCUUCAGACUUCCCUCUUCUUUUUUAAACUUCCCAAUGGUAGUAUGAUAUAGUAGGAGAUUUGGCCUGAGAGUUCGGACACCAGUGUUCGAGCUGCAGCUUUGCUUCCAAAUUGACCUUGAACAAGUCUUUUUAACCUCUGGGCUUCAGAUUUAUCACUUGUAAAAUGAAGAGAUUGGAAUGGUGCCUGAAAUUGCGUCCAGCUUUCAAACUCUGACUCGAUGACUUUAUUCUACUUGUACAUGGCAAAACUGCCUGGAACAGAACCCUUCUGCAUUGCUCUUGUACCACAUUUUUUUUUCUUGCUUUAAUUAAAGUUCCCUCAAGCACUGA